AUGGAUAAUACAAUGUUCAAAGACACUCGAAAACAAUCAACGUUGUCGUCGUCUUCAUGGUUGGAUACUACACAACAACAACAAAUCUUUGAAGGUUUAUUCGAUCCACUUGAUAGUGGAAACUAUUAUAUUACAACAUUGGUAGACCGUUAUAUUGGUAAAUCAACAAACCGCAAAGAGAAUCAUCAUGUUGUAGUAUCAUCGUCGUCGUCGUCAUCAUCGUCAUCGUCAUCGUCACCUCUUCUUCCAAACUAUAUUUAUGGUAUAAUCAUACAAUACUUGUUUAGAGAUAGAUCAUUACCAUUCAAGUUUAGAUUGAGAUUGGCACUUGUAUCAAAGUAUACACUCAAGAUGUUGUCAAACUACUUUACAAGACUAGAUACACGUACCUAUCACCUGGCCAACACCAAUCGGUCACUGACACCAACAUUCUCUGGCAAGAUGUAUAUGCACGAACACAACGAGAUUAGAACAUUGCACCAACGCACAGAGAAUCCACUAUGUCUAUUUAAAAAGAUAACGAAUCUACGGUGUCUCUUGGACCAUGUUCUUGGUAAUUAUUCGUACCCUCCAUCAUCUCGGUUCGGUCCGUCACUCUACCAUCCUCCUCCCACUAUACCAGAACAGAUGGUAUACCUUGAAAAUAUAAUGUCAACCAUUCAAACAUUCAAAGUUAUUGCAAAUGAUUUAAAGGCUGUUGGAUUGAUACCUCUCAUCUCUCUACUCAUGACCAAUCAAUCAAUAACUAAAUUUAAAUUCUCUCAUAGAAAGUGUAAACUUGGUUGGAUGAUCAUUUGUAAUGACAAUAAUAAUAAUAAUAAUAACAAUCAAUUGGUGGAAGAGGAGACGCCAAGAAAACAAUUAUUUAAAUUAUUACAAUGUUUAAUAGAGACGGUUGUAAAUGAUGGGUCAUCAUCAUAUGGUAGUGAUUCAAGGUUUGCUUUAUUGGUAUUGGAUAAACUUAAAGAAUCUCCAAUCAAAGGUAUACAAUUAUACAAAUUAAAACUUUGUACUACUACAUUACAAGAUUUCAACAACGAUCGGUUUACAUCGCUUGUCAAACAUGGUAUACGUAGUUUACUACUACCGGACAUGUUUUUAGAUCAGAUAUCGGUAGAACAAGUAGAUGUAUUGACUAGACAACUACCAAAUUUGGAGAUACUCAAGUUUUUCAAGUGUAAUGCAUUUAGCAAUGGUCUGGCUGGACACUACCCAACACUCGUCUCGAUCCUGUCGUCUACCAUCUCACCUAUUAAACAAUUGAGCUAUCCACUCAAAUGUCAGGCCGAAUCGAUGAUGCCACUACUGUUGGCAAAGCGAGUGACUCAUCUACACAUAUGCUUACAGAAAUUCAAAAAACAACAAUCCGCAGUAUCGGCUAGCAACGGUGACAGCAAGUCUAAUCAAGACUACCUCUUAUUUAAACUACCAACACUCACUCACCUCAAAAUACCAAAUGGUAAUAUUAAAUCAGUGUGGGCUAGAAUACUAGAACCUAAUAUUGACAAUAUUACCUGUUUGACACUUGGAUCAAUUAAUCCAAUCCAACCAAUCUAUCUCACCGAUUUCAUUGCCAAAUCUACCAAACUCGAAUAUCUCAUUAUUUCUCGGUGGUAUCAUGACACUGUAUUUACAGUGGAAGAGGUUGACAAGGCUAGCAGCACCAAAACAAUGGCACCCAUCUCUGAAGCCAUUGGUCAAAAUCAAUCGAUUCGUCAAAUUCGAUGUGGACAUAUAUACAGUAUUAAAUUCUUGAUCAACCUCCUCAUACAUGCAAACAAGAAUCCAACCCUCAAAAAAAUGGUUGUCAAAUCACAUUCUCUAUCUUUUAUAUCAUCCAUUGAUCUUCAAAAGGAUUUAGACUUUGAAGUUAUCACUUCUGUUGAUGAUGGUUCAGUUCAAACUCAUAGUUUUUAUAAAUAUUAA